UUCUGCUUCAUUUUGAUUUAAUGAUAUUGGAUUUUUUCAGAGAGGGAGCCCUGAACAUUUUAUUUUUGUUUACAUCCACACUUUCCUACACAACAUUGGCUACCUGGAGAACUACUUAAACCUGUGUGAUGUGAUACAAUCUAACUAAAUAGGCUCAACAUCGACAAGAUGAUCUCGUGGGGAGUCAUACUUGUGUGUGUGUCAUUAUCAUGGAGGCUGGAAACAGCAUCAUCCCAGACUCAUGAAGUGGUGUGUUCAGGUACGCAGAACGGACUGAGCUCCACAGGUUCUCAGGAGAUUCAGUACAAUCUGAUUAAGGAACGAUAUGAUGGCUGUGAGAUCAUCAUGGGAAACCUGGAGAUCACUCAGAUUGAGAGUAACUGGGACUUUUCCUACCUCAAGACAAUCCGAGAGGUGACUGGCUACGUCCUUAUUGCCAUGAACCAUUUCCAAGAGAUUCCUCUAGGCCAACUUCGGGUCAUCAGAGGAAACAGCCUUUACGAGAGACGCUUUGCCCUCUCUGUCUUCUUUAACUAUCCCAAGGACGGCUCCAACGGCCUGCGGCAGCUAGGACUCGCUAAUCUGACAGAGAUUCUGGAGGGAGGAGUGCAGAUUAUCAACAACAAAUACCUGAGUUAUGGCCCCUGGAUUUUCUGGCAAGAUAUCAUUAGGGACAACAGUGCUCCUAUUGAAAUCCAGUUCAAUGGAGAGAGAGGCCCCUGCCACAAAGCUUGUGGAGAUUACUGCUGGGGGCCAAAUAAGGACCAGUGUCAGAUCUUGACUAAGACGGUGUGCGCUCCGCAGUGUAAUGGCCGCUGUUUUGGGACGAGCCCCAGGGAUUGCUGUCACAUAGAGUGUGCAGCGGGAUGUAAAGGCCCUCUGGACAUGGACUGUUUUGCAUGUCGUCAUUUCAACGACUCUGGAGCCUGUGUGCCCCAGUGUCCCCAGACUUUGAUCUAUAACAAGCAGACGUUUCAAAUGGAGACCAACCCCAAUGCCAAGUAUCAGUAUGGGUCCAUCUGUGUCUCCCAGUGUCCCACACAUUUUGUGGUGGACGACAGCUCCUGUGUGAGCGUUUGUCCUCCAGGUAAGAUGGAGGUGGAGCGAGAAGGCCAGAAGCAGUGUGAGCUCUGCAGCGGACUCUGUCCAAAAGUGUGUGAAGGCACUGGCGCUGAACACAGACAGACGGUGGACUCCAGCAACAUCGACAGCUUCAUUAACUGCACCAAGAUCCAGGGCAGCCUUCACUUCCUGGUCACAGGGAUUCUUGGAGAUGACUUUAAAAACAUCCCGCCCCUGGAUGCCAAACAGUUGGAAGUGUUUCGCACCGUCAGAGAAAUAACAGAUAUCCUGAACAUCCAGUCGUGGCCCAAAGAACUGAAUGACCUGUCCGUUUUCUCGAGUCUCACAACCAUUCAAGGGAGGUCGCUCUUCAAGCACUUUUCUCUGAUGGUGAUGCGCAUCCGCACUCUUACCUCACUGGGCCUGCGCUCUCUCCGUGAGAUCAGUGACGGCAGUGUGUACAUCAGUCAGAAUAACAACCUCUGUUUCCACCACACUGUGAACUGGACCAAGCUGUUCAGAGGCCGCAGAGUUCGAAUAAACCAACUCAGCAGUAACCGGCCGCUGGCAGAGUGUGUUGCAGAGGGCCAUGUGUGUGACCCGCUGUGUUCAGACUCAGGGUGCUGGGACUCGGGGCCCGACCAGUGUCUCUCCUGUAGGAACUUCAGUCGAGACGGCACGUGUGUGGGCAGCUGUAACUUUAACACUGGAGCUCCAAGGGAAUUUGCUGGAUCUGAUGGCGGGUGUGUCGCCUGUCAUCCUGAGUGUAAGCCUCAGAGGGGGAAAGACAGCUGUACUGGACCGGGUGCAGACCAGUGUGUGGCGUGUGCCAACCUUCGAGACGGGCCGUACUGCAUGUCCUCUUGUCCCACGGGAGUGAACGAUGGACAGAGAGGACUGAUCUUCAAAUACCCAAACAGGGAGGGUCACUGUGAACCAUGUCACCACAACUGCACACAGGGAUGCUCAGGCCCAGGACUGAAUGACUGUUUAGAGGCAGUCAGACUGGCAGUCAGCAGUGGUCAGAUCACAGGCAUAGCUCUAGGCGUCCCGGCUGGUUUGAUUUUCUGCCUGGUGUUGUUUUUCCUGGGCGUGCUGUACCACCGAGGCCUGGCCAUCCGCCGCAAGAGAGCCAUGAGGAGAUACCUGGAGAGUGGAGAGAGCUUUGAGCCUCUGGGUCCUGGAGAGAAAGGUACCAAGGUUCAUGCUCGCAUCCUGAGGCCCUCGGAGCUGAAGAAAAUCAAAGCCCUUGGCUCAGGAGUUUUUGGCAUCGUGCACAAGGGUUUUUGGACUCCUUGGGGAGAGACAGUGAAGAUCCCUGUGGCCAUCAAAACCAUCCAGGACAGCUCGGGCCGACAGACUUUCAAUGAGAUUACUGAUCAUAUGCUGUGCAUGGGCAGCCUGGAUCAUCCCUACAUCGUGAGGCUGCUGGGCAUCUGUCCGGGUCCCAGUCUGCAGCUGGUGACCCAGCUCAGUGCCCAGGGGUCUUUACUGGAGCACAUCAGGCAACACAAGAACAGCCUGGACCCCCAGCGCCUGCUCAACUGGUGUGUGCAGAUUGCUAAAGGUAUGUACUACCUGGAGGAGCACUGCAUGGUCCACAGGAACCUGGCUGCCCGAAACAUCCUGCUGAAGAACGACUACCAGGUCCAGAUCUCUGACUACAGCGUAGCAGACCUGCUUUAUCCCGACGACAAGAAAUAUGUCUUCACUGACACCAAGACACCCAUGAAAUGGAUGGCACUGGAAAGCAUUUUGUUUCGAAGAUACACUCAUCAAAGUGAUGUUUGGAGUUAUGGGGUGACAGUUUGGGAGAUGAUGUCAUUUGGGGCGGAGCCGUACACAUCUGUGCCGCCUCAGGAGGUGCCGAGUCUGCUGGAGAAGGGCGAACGACUGUCACAGCCACACAUCUGCACCAUAGACGUCUACAUGGUCAUGGUGAAAUGCUGGAUGAUUGAUGAAAACAUUCGGCCGACCUUCAAAGAGCUGGCCAGUGACUUUACUCGCAUGGCCAGAGACCCCCCCAGAUACCUGGUCAUUAAGUUGGAAGGAGAAGAGGCUGCCUUGGUAGAGAGCCAUCGAAGGGAAUCUGAGCGAGGGCUUCUGGAUGCAGAUCUGGAGGACGAAGACGAGGAGGGGCUGGAGGACGGUUUGACGACUCCUCCUCUCCAACACUCUCCAUCCUGGAGUUUGUCCCGUUCACGGAUUAAUUCUUACAGGAGUGGUACCUCUCAGGCUGGACCUGUGGGAUACCUGCCGAUGACGCCCAGCCCUGUGGACAGCAUCCGCCAGCUGUGGCUCCAGAGGUCUCGACUGAGCUCGGUGCGGACGCUGCCGGAGAGGUCAGAGUUCAGAGGGAGAGAGGCAGCGCCGCGAGAGGAGGGGUCACAGAGCGGGAGACUUCACAGGGCCAGGUUUGGCUCCGAGAGGGGAACUCCUCGUAUGUCCAUCAGACAGAACAGGAAACUCUCAACAGCAUCAAGCCCUUCCUCUUAUAAGGUGUGGACGGCAGAGGAAGAGGAGGAGGUGGACAACUAUGGCUAUGUCCUGGCUGCAUCACCUGUGACCCCUGAAAGAGUCAGAGUGUCUCAUUCUGGGCGAAGAAACUCAAGACUCAAGAAUGAUCUGUCUCUCGUGGUGGUGAAUCCCUCUCUGGAGUAUGAAAUAAUGAGCAAAGAGUCAAGUGCUCAUUCUUGCUCAAACAGCAGUGUCUUUUUACCGGAAGAAGCCACUUCUGUUGCUGUUUGUCAUAAAACCUCACCUUUACCCUCACCAACCUUCAUGAAUCCAUUACCUGUAGAGAACGCAACACAUGUUGAAACUCUGAAACAAGUCUCAGCUUUGACAAGUAAGAAAGUAGAUGAGGAUUGUGAAGCAGGUGUUGCAGAGGAAAGAGACUCCACGGAGAAACAUCCGCUCACGGUUUCCUCUGAUAAUGGCAUCAGAGCUGCGGAUAACAACGCAGAGGCAGCCCAAGGAGUAGGCAGGUAUGAAUACAUGGAUAUCAGGCGAUCUGAUUCUACGGAGGCACAGGAUCCAGCAUGGGAGAGACGUGGGAGUCAAACAUCUGCAAAGAGUGCCGCAGAGGCAUCCGACCAAUCAGUGGAGGUGUUGAAAAAAGAGCUUGAGGAGGAAGAGGAAGAGGAAGAGGAGGAUCAUAACAUAAAUAAACAACCUGCACUUCAGGGAAAUACGAGCAGUAUAGUCAUGCCCAGGCCAGAUGUGCUCACAGCUGGGGGAGAAAUGGUGGAGGAGUAUGAGGAGAUGACCAGAUUUGGAGCGCUGCCCAGUGGGUGGGAGCAGGCAGACUACCAGAACCUCCCAGUGAAGGGGAGAAAUGUUUCUGAAGAGAUGGGCAGUGGCAGGUGUGCGGGGAUCGGGGGAUACAUCAAGGUGUGUGCUGGCAUGGGGGAGCCUGGCAGUAACUCUUCAUUUGACAACCCGGACUACUGGCACAGCAGACUGUUCAUCAAGCCAGAUGCUGUACUUACCUAAUGACGUGGACUGGGACACAUACUGCCGCUUGAUGUUCCUUCCUGCCAUAAACUUGGGUUAUUUUGUAAAGUUUUUCCUGAAGAAUUUGAGCAUCCAACAAACUUUAAAGCUUCAAGUGAUAAAAGAAAUACACCUGUGCAACAUUUCACAGUUUUAUGCAGUAUCUAAAUGUUUAUGAAACCAACUGUGAGGCGGUGCAGAAUCACAAAAUAAAGGCAAACAUGUUGUGUGCUUGAAAGUGUCUGUUGAGACUUUUAAGUUCACCUUAACGCUGUACCUGCGUAUUUUUGAUUAAUGGAUUUGUUUAUUUUAGUGUGCUUUACCAUAUGGUGCCCAGCCCAUGGACUUACGAGACACUGGACAGCAAAUGUAUGCCAAAUGUGUCAUGAUGAGUGACUACUCAUAUCAAACUUUAUAACAAAUUAGAACAUUUUAAACGUUUCAAUUUCCUCAACAAAAAGGUAUUAUGCAUGAUAGUGUUGUAUGUCUUUGUUGCCAUGCAUUUUCUAUAAAUAUGUUGUGACAUUGUUACAAGACUUGUGAAAUGUUUAGUAGGCUAGUUUGAUGAUGAGGACGGAUUUCUGUAGAGCAGUCUUUUGUACAAUUUGUUAUUGCCAAUAUGUUUUAUUAUACAAAUAAAUAAAUGCAAUAAUUUUUCAAACAUCAAAUAAA